UGCAGGUAACCUAAGAUGAACUUGUCUCAUGAUGCAGUUGGGCAUUUUCAAUGACAUGGUCUGUGAUGCUGUUUCUGAAAAGAACAUUACUGGUUGUGAUGAUUGUCUCAGUUGGUCAUCUUCAACCAUGUCAACAAGUUCUUGAAGUAAAGUGUGCUUUUGGUUGUCUGAGUAUUCUCUUUGAAAUUCUGAGACCAGAGUGCAAUGAUUAAGUGUUGGAACCCACACACAGCAGCAAGUCUUUGAGCCACCCUGCAGUGUUUGUAAUGGUGACUCGCUUAGAUCUUGCUCCAUACAAAACCAGGCUGAAACUACUCCAGGUGUAACUGCUCUCUGUGCAUCUGAUCAGAUCUUAUGGUUGUAAUUCCUCUUUCUCCCUUUCUCCAACUCUCCUUCUUCUCAUCUCCAUAUCUCCUGUAAGUAUAGCAUGAGAGAGGUGCAGCAAGCUGGGUUUGGGCAACAGGAAGUCGUAUAGAAAACCCAGGACCAACCUGCAAUAGAAUGGAUUACUGGGACCUGGAGCAGGACUAACCCUUGCACAAGUCUGGGAAAUGCUGGAUGUACUGAGCACUCCACCAACACCACCUGAUUUUCUGAGGAUUCUAGACCCACUGAGGAGCUAAAGCAGGGUGGUCUGCCCAUCACGUGGUUUGGAUCUACACACAAGGGGUUGACUUUCCAGUGUUGCCAUGGAAACCCCCACCCGUGUUAUAGCAGCCCUUGUUGCACCGUUGUUGGAAUCAGGAGGAUGUGUGCUAUACUUUCCCAUCACCAUCCCAGGAUCUCACUAUGUGAAAAGCUAAACUCAGUAUAAAUGCCCUAUGAUGCCCUUUGAGUAUAAAGCACCUAUGAGAAAAGACAUCAACACUGCAACUGUGUAUUCUUCCUUCAGUAAUAACUCAUUCACUUAGAUGAAAUUAUUAAUAUCUGGUAUUGCUGUAAUAUAUUUUUACUAUUUAUUUUAAUUAAUUAAUGAAUUAAUUUAUAGCUUAAUUAGGUAGGUGUUUAGCUGUAGGUAGAUGCUUAUUGAUGUGUUUGCAUAAGCCUUCCACACCAUUCAUGCGAUGACCUCCCUGACACCCCAAGAGCCAUGGCAAGGCAAGACGCCUCCCUCUUCCUGCAUGGGUUUGAUUUGGGCGGACGCUUCUCAGACCCACGGCCUCUGGGCUAUGGCACCACAGGUCUAGUCUUGUCUGUGCUGGACCGGCGCAGUUCAAGGCGAGUAGCAGUAAAGCGACUGCCUCUGCGGGGGGCACUGGCGGUGAAGCAUGCCCUGCGUGAAGUCAAGAUCACCAGACGGCUGCGGCAUGAGAAUGUGGUGGCCGUGCACGAGGUGCUGGGCCCUGGUGGGCGGCCGCUGCCUCCGGAUCCAACGUUUCUGCCCGCCCUCUACGUGGUGCAGGAGUGCAUGCAGACAGACCUGGCACGGCUGUUGGAGGGUGGCCCACUGCCCUCUGACCAUGCCAAGCUGUUCUUCUACCAGCUGUUGCGCGGUCUCAAGUACAUCCACUCGGCCAAUGUCCUGCACCGUGACCUCAAACCCGCCAACAUCUUCCUCAACGUCGAUCAGUUACUGCUCAAGAUUGGGGACUUUGGAUUGGCCCGCAUCGUUGAUCCGCAUUACUCACAUGAGGGAUACCUCUCAGAAGGCCUGGUGACAAAGUGGUACCGCUCACCACGCCUCCUGCUGUCCCCCAACAACUACACCAAGGCCAUUGACAUGUGGGCAGCCGGCUGCAUCCUGUCCGAAAUGCUGACUGGACGCAUGCUUUUUGCAGGGGCCCACGAGCUAGAGCAGAUGCAGCUGAUCCUGGACACAGUGCCAGUGCUAAGGGAGGAGGACCGACAGGAGCUAAUGCAGGUCAUGCCCUCCUAUGUCAGCCAAGGCUGGGAGGUCAGGAAGUCAUUGCGGGAGCUGCUACCUGAAGUGGACGUAGGGGCCAUUGAUUUCCUGGAACAGAUCCUGACCUUUAACCCCAUUGACCGGCUGACAGCAGAGGAAGCCCUUGCGCAUCCUUUUCUGCGUCAGUACUCCUGCCCCCAGGAUGAGCCCACGUCCUCCCAUCCGUUCCGCAUUGAGGACGAGCUGGAUGAUAGCCUUGUCACUGCCCACGACCACAGCCAUGCUUUGCACUGGGAUGCGUGUGAGAGAAUGGUCACUGAGCAUGACCAUGAUCACACCUCUCACUGGGAUAGAUCUGAAGAAAGCCUGUCGUCAGAGCCCAGCUGGAGGCAGUCAGGUCAGGCUGAGGACGUACCAAGCCUGUCCGAGGCAGCAGAAGAGGGUGAGGAGGAGGUGCAGAGAGAUCCCCGUGCAGGGCCUAAACCCCCACUGGAAGAAGUGCAGGUGGACCCACGCAAGUAUUCCCACAGCAGCUCAGCAGAGCGGUACCUGGAGCAUUCGCACAGUUCCCUGGAGCGUGCUGGUGGCCCCCAUGGUGAGCUGGAUUGCGGGCACUCCUGUGACUACAAGGUGGGCUCACCCUCCUACCUAGACAAAAUAGCGUGGCGGGAGGGCAAACCACAGCACUACUCCGAGCCCAAACUCAUCCUGGACCUGUCACACUGGAAGCGCAACAGUCAGCUAAAGCCCACGGGAAUCAGCGUAGGAGAGCCACCACCUGAGGGCCCGGGGGACCUUUUUCUGGAGAUCUCCCGCUGGGUGGAGAGCUCACAAUCCCGCCUUCGUUCCCCCACCCCCAGUCCACCCCCAGAGGCAUUCUCUCCACCCAGGUCUCCACCUCUUCCACUGUCCCCCACCCUGCUCCCUCUACCCAUCUCCCACCACCUCGUUCCUGAGUCGAAGCACCACGGGAGGAAGAUCAGCCCUCCCUCUUCCUCCUCCUCACCUCCAUCCCUGUUACCAUUUUCUCCUUCUUCUCCUCCGGUGCUUUCCUCUCCAGUGAGGUCCUUCUCCACUUGCUACGUUGCUAACCCUACCCCGACAGAGACAGUCCCUCCCAGAGGGGCAGAGUCCCAGUUUGAUUUGGAUGCAUUCAUCUCUCAUGCCCUCAAGCUGUGCAGUCAGAAGGAGGACUUGGGGGAAAAGGAUGUAGCUCGGCUAGCUGAUAUUAACGGUGCACCCGCUAUCCCACCUUCAACUCCUGCAUCUGAGAUGGUUAAGGCACAGAGCUUCCAGAAAGAGCACUGGUAAGGCAGCUUUCAGCAGUGGUUCUGCUCCUGUUCUAUAAAUUCCUGCAGCCUUUGGCUUACGGCAUGCUGCAAGGCGUGAGCUUGACACCCCCUAGAAUGGACAGUUUUGGGCUCGCCUAUGGGUACUAGCUGGUUUGCCAGUGAAUACUACUUAAUCAAACCAUGAAUACUGGUCACCCUACCAAGGAGCCUUCCCAUUGACAAUGGCUAGCCAGUCCAUGCAUAGCAGGUUGCAUAUCUUAGCUUUUCAGUCCAAAUCACGAGUGCAGUUCCUCUGACUCUUACUCAGUGAGCAAUGCCAGAUUGUGGCAAAGAGGGGAUUCUCACUGAGACUGCCAUCUUUUCUGGCUAGCAGUGUAUGUAUCACAGUAGCGGAGUCUGAGUGACAUUGCUACAAAUCGUGAAAGGCAUUAAGUUUGGCAAGCGACCUAAGGCUGUAGAAAUAAUCGUGAAGAUGAAGCAUGGCUGGGAUUGUUGGUACACAUGAUCAUUGUGUCACUUUGUGAUAUCGCCUGGCACAUACGAAAGUGCAUCAUCAAGCCUUGAGAGAAUUAAAUGUCUAGAAAGUGAUUCUGGAAAAAUUUAAUAACCUCCAUAUUUCCAUUGAUUACAAAUUAUUGCAGUUUAAACACCCACUUUAUUACUAACUAAGUUUGGCAAGAACACAAAUUUUAUAACAGGUUAUAUAGUCAUUUAAAAACCCAAGUAUUUGCCUCUUGAACCCCAUGUCCAACUAUUUCUUGAAUGUGUUCUUGAUGGAUUCUUGAAAAUGUCCUGGACUGGCAGAUGGACUAUAACAUGUGAAGAGCUGAAUGUGUUUGGGUACUGCAGAAUGUGCUUUGGUCACUCGCUGAGCAGUUGGCUCUGUAUUUCUGACCGACUUGUUUCUUUUAUUCAACCUGUUAUUGAUGGACAUUCCCACCAAAAGCAUGGCAUAUAAGAUUGUACAAAUACUCUAUUGUACUCUUCCCUUUCUUUCCAGCCGGAGUCAGCA